ACGUUUAUAUAUGAAUCUGCAUACUCGUUGUACAUCGGUUAUAUUUAUCAUUGAAAGCUCAUUUAAAGACAUCUCAUUUAAAACAGUUUAACGGCUGCUUUAACGGAACACGAGUACAAAAUGCUGCUUCCUCGUCGUAUGUGAAGUUUAAUGCAUUUUAUCAGAAGAGAUCAGAUGCAGAUUUCAGUUGUGCGUCUAUGAAGAAUGAGAGGCCAAUGGAUCCACCAACAGCAUUUAAGAGACCAGACGUAACCGAACCCGUCUGUAAAAAGAUGAAGAUUGAUCAGUCUGUGAAUCAACCACAAUAUGUGUGUCCUCAAUUCAGCCAUGACUCUAAACUUAAUGAAGUCCUGAACACAUUCAAAUCAAAUCUGAGAGAGAAGUUUCAGUGUUUGUAUCCAGGAACAUCAAAGCAGAGAAACUCAACACUACUGAAUGAGAUCUACACAGAGCUCAACAUCACAGAGAUUAAAAGUGGAGGGGCAGAGGAGACACCAAUCAAAUGUAAUGACAUCUUUAAACCUUCACCUGAACAACACAAACACAUCAGAAGUGUGAUGACAAAGGGAGUUGCUGGCAUUGGAAAAACAGUCUCUGUACAGAAGUUCAUUCUGGACUGGGCUGAAGAGAAAGAGAAUCAGGAUGUCCACCUCAUAUUUCCACUUCCUUUCAGAGAGAUCAAUUUGAUGAAGGACAAAACACUCAGUCUUUUAGAUCUUCUUCAUCUUUUCUUCCCAGAGACAAAAGAAAUGGAAAUCUUUAGUGAUAAAUAUAGGUUGUUGUUCAUCUUUGAUGGUUUGGAUGAGUGUCGUCUGUCUCUGGGUUUUUACAGCAGUGUGAGGUUGUGUGAUGUAAAUGAAUCGACCUCAGUGGACGUGAUGCUGACAAACCUCAUCAAGGGGAAUCUGUGUCCCUCUGCUCACAUCUGGAUCACCUGCAGACCAGCUUAUCUUAUCCCCUCUAUGUGGGUUGAUCGAGUCACAGAGAUACGAGGCUUCAGUGAUCCACAGAAGGAGGAAUACUUCAGGAAGAGAAUCAGGGAUGAGAGUCUGUCUGAUCAAAUCAUCUCACACCUGAAGUCAUCCAGGAGUCUCUACAUCAUGUGUCACAUCCCAGUGUUCUGCUGGAUUUCAGUCACUGUUCUAGAGAGAAUAUUGAGGGAAGCAAAGAGUCAAGAGAUCCCCAAGACACUAACUCAAAUGUACACACACUUCCUGAUCAUUCAGACAAACUUCAAACACCAGAAGGACUGUGAGACGAAAGAUGAAGACAUGAUCUUUAAACUGGGUAAACUGGCUUUUGAGCAUCUUCUGAAAGGCAAUCUGAUCUUCUAUGAUGAAGACCUGAGAGAGUGUGGCAUUGAUGAAGCAGAAGCAUCAGUGUACUCAGGAUUGUGUACUCAGAUCUUCAGAGAGGAGUUUGGUUUGUGUCAGAGAAAAGUUUACAGCUUUGCUCAUCUGAGCGUUCAGGAACAUCUAGCAGCUCUACAUGUUCACCUCUCUUUUAUGAACAACAACAUAAGUUUGUUGACUGCAUUGAAAAUAAAUCAAAGUUGUAAGCCUUCAAUACUUGAUCUGUAUCAGAGAGCUAUAGAUGAGACUGUGAAGUUGAAAAACGUACAUCUGGAUCUUUUCCUUCGUUUUCUUCUGGGUUUGUCACUGAAAUCAAAUCAGAAUCUCAUACCAGGUCUGAGGUUACUGACAUGCUACAACUGUCAGAUCUUUGAAAAAACAAUCACUUACAUCAGACAGACGCUCUGGAAUAAUCUUUCACCAGAGAAAUCCAUCAAUCUGUUUCACUGUCUAAAUAAACUGGAUGAUCCUUCACUAGUGGAGGAAGUCCAACAAUAUCUGACAUCUAUAACAUUAAGUAAAGGCAAACUCUCUUCAUAUCAGUGGUCAGCUUUAGUUUCGGUGAUGCUGACAUCAAAACAGGAGCUGAAGGAGUUUACUAUGAAUCCGUUUGUUAAAGGAAUCAGUGCUGAAUCACUGAAAUUUCUUCAGAUGCUGCUGCCUGUGAUUUGUGAAUCCAGAAAUGUUCAGUUAAGUUCUUGGAAAAUCACAGAUGAAGGUUGUGUUGCUCUGACUUCAGCUCUGAGAUCAAACCCAUCACAUCUGAGAGAACUGAAUCUGUGUAAUAAUAAUCUCAAAGAUUCAGGAGUGAAGCUGCUCUCUGACGUACUGAAGAAUUCUGACUGUAAACUGCAGAUACUGAAGUUGUGUUCUUGUAAAAUCAACGUUGAAGGUUUUGUUGCUUUGACUUCAGCUCUGACAUCAAACCCAUCACACCUGAGAGAACUGCAUCUGUCUUUAAAUAAUCUUGGAGAUUUAGGAAUGGAGCAUCUCUCUGCUGUACUGGAGAAUCCUAGGUGCAAACUGGAGAAACUCUGGUUGUGUUCUUGUAAUAUCACAGAUGAAGGUUGUGUUGCUCUGUCUUCAGCUUUGACAUCAAACCCAUUCCAUCUGAGAGGACUGAGUCUGUCUUAUAAUAAUCUUGGAGAUUUAGGAGUGAAGUUGCUGUCUGCUGUACUGGAGAAUCGUCAUUGUAAACUGGAGAUACUGAAGUUGUGCUCUUGUAAUAUCAAAGAUGAAGGUUGUUUUGCUCUGACUUCAGCUCUGAGAUCAAACCCAUCACACAUGAGAGCUCUGAGUUUGUCUCAGAAUAAUCUGGGAGAUAAAGGAUUGAAGCUGAUCUCUGAUCUAAAAAUGAUUCAAAUUACAAACUGAGAAACCUAAGAAUCAAAGUAAAGAUGAAUUCAUAACAAGAGGUGAAACAAUAAAAUAACAGCUUCAAUCAACACAAGCAAAAGGGACUUGAAGACGACAUCCUGAUCUCAGUGUGUGUGUGUGUGUGUGUGUGUGUGUGUGUGUGCGUGCGUGCGUGCGUGCGUGCGUGUGUGUGUGAAAUAACAAUGAAAGUGACAUUAAUUCUGCUACAGUCCUUUAUCUGCGUGAGAUCUGUUGUUUAGGAAAGAGUUUCUCAAAGUUUGUGUUAAUGAGAGACCUGCAGGGAGUUUGUCAUAUUGUUUAUAAAAGUACAAAUACUAAAAGAAACAGAACUGUAAGAUUGUGUACUUUUGUGAAUGUGUUCAUGUAUGCUUUAAAUGUAAUGCAUUUCUGUAUAUAAUAUUUGUGUUAACAUAUUUUUGUAUAAGAUUCAUGUUUUAAAGUUUUUGUACAAUUAGCGAAAGAAAAUAAAUGGCUCCAUUUCCAUGACAAAGAUUAUUCGGUUUUACUUGAAAUCAUUUCAUCGUUUUCAUAUUUGCAAUUCCAUUACUCCUAAGGGACUUUGAGGAGAGUUUGAAGUUUGAUGAAAAUUAUUUUAAUAUCUGGAUGUCUUUAUUCAGACGAACAGUAAUAAUAAGAGUUAACUGCUCAGCCUGAUAAACAUUUAGCUUUUGUCCAAAGAGCUUAAAA